UAACACUGCCUCACUUCUCAUACCAACACAACAACAAUCAAACAACAUGGCGAAGAAACAACGCAAAACCACAGAGGCAGAAGAUCCCAUGGAAGAAGACUUCCCCAACGAUCAUGACAGCGAGGGCGAAGAGCAUGAUCUUGGUGACGAAGGCCCACCUACUAUUGACCCAUAUGAGGUUCUGGGCCUUGAGUCUCAAGCAACAGCGGAUGAUGUGAAAAAAGCAUAUCGCAAAAUGGCACUCAAGUGUCAUCCAGAUAAGGCUGCGCCCGAUGAGAAAGAAGCCGCCAACAAGGCCUUUCAAGAGAUCGCAUUCGCGUACGCAGUACUUUCCGACGACCGAAGGCGUAAGCGUUACGAUCUUACCGGCAGCACAGCGGAGACCCUGGAAGACGAUGAAGACUUUAACUGGCUUGACUUCUUCCGCGAGCAGUUUAGGAAUAUCAUCAACGAAGAAACUAUCAGUAAGAUUUCGGAUGAAUACAAAGGCAGCGAAGAGGAGCGCAAGGACUUGAUCAACGCAUUCAAGAAGACCAAGGGCAAUCUGAACAAAGUAUACGAUAUUGUCAUGCUAUCCGAUAUCUUGGUGGACGACGAGCGGUUCAGGAAGAUUCUAGACGAAGAGAUCGCCAAUGGCACGGUUAGCUCAUAUCCUGCGUAUGAGAAAGAGACGGACGAGACUCGCGAAAAAGCCAAGGAUGCAGAGAGGAAGAGACGCGAAGCCUUUGACAAGCAGCAGGCUCAGGAACAAGAAGAGAGGGCAGAGCCUACCAAAGGAAAAGCAAAGGCGAAAGCAAAGCCCAAGAGCAAGAAGAGCGGCACAGAUGACAUGGCAGGACUAGCAGCUCUAAUCCAACAACGACAAAAGGCACGAGCAGGCAACUUCUUUGAUUCUCUUGAGGCCAAGUAUGCGCCUAAAUCACGAGGCUCCAAGCGAUCCACACCCAUGGAGGAACCGCCUGAGGAACUAUUCGAAGCCAACCGAAAGAAGCAGAAAACGAGCAGUCGGCCGAAAAAGAAAGCCAAGCAAGAGAGUGAAGAUGAGGUGAUGGAGUCUGGGGAAGAGGAUAUUGGCGAUUCUGAGGAAGAGAAAACGCCACCCCCGAAGAAGACAAGAGCGAAGCGGAAGGUGGCGCGUGGGCGGGCUUAGCAUUUGUGUCAGCUCAAACCCUAUUUUACGAGAAAUUGUCACAGUGAUGGACGCAAGGAGUUCAGAAUGAGAUACACCAUCCAUAUCCUACUGCAAGAGAGAAACUUUGGAAUGGCGGUGUAGUUAUUCUGGGAACAAAGAUACCCAGGUGCCGAAGGGUACCAGCUUUAUGGUGAAUUUAACUACCGAGAAGAUC